CACCCCCUCCACCCCUCUACCCCUCCACCCAAUGUUCGCGUACGCUGCUGAACUGUCCCAAUAACAUUAACCAACAUGGAGGAGCACACCGUGGCCCUCCUUGCCGCCCUCAAGAAGCCCUCAACCGCCGUGGACCAGAAACUGGCCCUCUUCACCAACCUCAAGUCCGACAUCAAGCACAGUCGCGUUCCCGAGAGCUGCCAGGCCCCUAUCUUCGAAUGCCUCCGCCUCGCCAUCACCACUACCACCUCGGCCGCUCUCGUCUCCACCGGCUUCUCAACCCUUAGCCACUUCAUCAAGCGUCUCGUGCUCCAAAACCAAACCGCCGUCAUCACCUCGCAGCUGCCCAAGCUCCUCCCCAUCCUCCUCGAGAGACUAGGUGAUGUCCGCGAAACUCACCGCAACGCCGCCUCCUCCAUACUUGCCGAUCUAUGGCCCCUGUCCCAUGCCGAUGUAGAGUCUCUGAUUCGCGACAAUGCCAUCAAGGGGAGCAAUGCUCGCGCAAAGGAGGCAUCCAUGCAGUGGGUGGUCAAGAUGAACCACUCGGCAGGGUUGCCCUUCCGCACUUUUGUCCCCGCCCUCAUCGCAAACCUGGAAGACGCUGAUGCCGGCGUCCGUGAGACUGCUAAGACCGCCGUCGUCGAACUGUUCCGUAAUGCCCCUGAGCAUGCCAAAGUGAACCUCAAGAAGCAGCUCGUUCAGUUCAACGUUCGGAAAACGAUCGCCUCCUACAUCAUCUCGCAGCUCGAUACCCCCACCAUGAUGGUGGAAGCAGAAAUGCCCCCCCACCCGCCACGUCCCAUCUCUGUGGCACGAGCGCACUCUUUGCAACCGGAGAGUGGCAUCGCGGAUUCUAUGCUUUCGGAAGUGGGCCCCGCCGCUGAAGUGGUCCCCAUGGACCCUAUCCAUGUGUUUACCCAACGGGAGCUGGAUGAUAUCUUUCGAGACAUGGCGUCCUGCUUCGAAGGGAAGGAGACGGAGCACAACUGGUCGCAGCGAGAUAAGAACACGCUCAAACUGCGUCGCAUCACCAAAGGCAAUGCCCCCGCCGAGUUCCAUGUGUCCUUUGUUGCAGGCAUCAAAGGAUUGCUGGAUGGCAUCCUCAAGGUAUGCAACUCGUUGCGUACCACAAUGUCUUCCAACGGUUGCCAGCUUGUCCAGGACCUGGCGAGGACACUUGGACCAUCCAUGGAUCCCUGGAGCGAGAUACUGCUGCAGAAUUUUGUAAAGAUGUGCGCGGCGACCAAGAAUAUCGCUGCUCAGAACGGCAAUGCAACCGUUGAUACCAUCUUUUCCAGUGUUUCGUACUCCAAGCGAUUGUUGGACCACCUUACCUUUGCGUCGCAGGACAAAAAUGUGCAGCCCCGAAUAUACUCGGCCGGCUGGUUCAAGACCCUGAUAAGGAAGCACAAAGGGCCCUUGGAGCACACGGGGGGCAUGGAAGUGCUAGAGAAGACCCUAAAGAGAGGGCUAACCGAUGCCAACCCCAAAGUCAGGGAAGCCUAUCGAUCCACAUACUGGACUUUCGCGUUGAUAUGGCCUCAGAAAGCAGAAGCCAUAUUUGCAACCCUGGAUAAGCGAGAGAAGACUGGAUUGGAGAAAGACCCCAAUAAUCCCAAUGCACCAUUAGUAUCCUCUCAAUCCAGUGCGUCGUCAUUUUCGAAGUCCGUGGGUCCGGGUGGCCCUGCUAGCGCUCGUAAUGCCCUCAAGGAGAAAAUCGCUGAACAGAGACGGGCCAAAUUGGCUGCUGCUAAAGGUGUACCUGACCGCCCCAACUCGGCUCAGGCCAGCUAUACCCCGCUGAAGACUCAAUCAUCCAAGUCCCUAGGUUCCAAAAUCGUAUCCAACGCGUCAUCGGCAUCGUCCGCGACGGCUCGACCCCCAUCUGCCCUCUCAGGGUCGACAAAGGCAGUUGCAGGGUCGAACGCUGGGGGCACCGGGUCUCUGCUAAGUGGCACAGUUCGCAGACCCGUUCGUCCUCGUCCAGAGCUGACGCGACCCGCAACGGCGGACCCUUACGCUACACGUCGCCCCGCAAAGAAUGUGACCUCGUCGAUGACACCUGAAAGGACUCCAGCUUCGACAGUCAAGAAGUCUGUGGCGCCAAAGAGCACUGUGCGGUCUCGAGCUCAAACGCAGAGCAGUUCCAGCGUGAGUCCCAUCGGUAGCAAGUCAAGGCCGGCCGAUACCACUGCUCAUGAGAAGACGCCAAGUGUGAGCUCUCGACAUGCCAGCCCAGCCGUAAGUCCUGGCAAAGGUGAAGAUUUGACCCUGGUGAAGCCCUUCGCCAGAUCAAAGAGCCACCAUGAACCAGGCGUCCUUCCCUUCCGGGAGCGGGUUGGGUUGGACAAGCCUACAACGGAUGCGGACGCUCUAGAUCUCGGGGAUGAUGACAACUUUACCAUGGUUAUCCCCAAUCUUGCUCGCCCCACAUCACAAGGGCCCCAGCGAAGCCCACCAAAGCCAACGGCAUCUCCUGCGCGAUUGUCGGUGGCUAGUCCCCGUCCAGCAGGGAUGAAGAGUCCCCAUCCCAUCGGCGUCCUCCAGGACGUGUCUCUUCCUGCUACUCGCAGUCCACGGAUGCCCUCACCAGAGCGUCCUAGCACCCGCGGCACCGACAGCGUGGAAGAUGGCCGAGUCUAUGACGAUCCAUUUGUGGGUGAGGAGACACUUACAAGCACCCAAGGCAUGGAAAGACGCCCUCUUGGAGAGCUUUCUGUGAACGAGCACGCAAACGAACGAAGGCAGACCAUUGGCUUCACAGAGGCAGACGCAGUGAUGAGCGAGAGCACGGAAGAGCACAAUCAAGGGCGGCAGAAAACGACGAGCAUUGCAAGCAACACCACAACCGAGAGCAAUGACGCCUCCCGAUCCGAGGUUCUCAAAAAUAGGCAGCUACUUGCAAGCGGCAUUAAUAAGAUUAAGAGCCGUACUGUGGAAGCACACAUGUUCCGCCGGCUGCAGGAUAUGGUGAAGUCCAACCAGGAUAUCUGGGGCACUGACGAUGAAAAGUUCGGUGAACUGCUCCUGGCUUCGUUAGACUACCUCGAGGCUCCUCCCGACAGCCUAAAGGCACCCAUCGCCAAAACAGCCAACCUGAAAGUCCAGGCUCUCGCGACGAUCCGGGCCAUGCUAUCUCUCUACCGCAAGGAAACGGCCAAGUACUUCUCCCGCGUACUCUGCACCCUACUUCGCACAAAGGCGCAGUAUGACAACACCUCUCACAUCGCCACCGAUCUCGAAGCCACUGCCGACGAGAUUGUCAAGUAUGGUCAGACUUCGAACUGCAUCGAUGCCGUUCUGUCGCUUCUGGAAGACUCGGGUCCCUCCAUGCCCGGUGCAUCGACCACUUCAAAGGGACCUGAGAACACCAUGAAUACGGCUUCGAAUCGCACGGUCACAAUGGGGCUUGUCACGCUUGCAUCGUUGAUUGCUAUCUCGGCCGAGAAGAGUGUGACGCUUUCGGACGAGCAGACGUCGCGGUUGGGCAGGCUUGCCGUCAAAUGCCUGGACGACGUGGAUGCCGAUGUCCGCAAGGCCGACGUCGAGCUGUGCCUUGCGUUGCACCGAAGGAUUGGGAGCGAAAACGAGGCGUUCUGGAAGGUGGUUGCCGGUGCGAGGGAACAGCAUCUCAACCUUUUGACGUACUAUUUGGCGAAGCGUAAGGCCAGUGUGGCGGAGGCGUAGGAAUCCCUUCUGCAUUGGGUUGGCCUGUUCGAAUCAGGGGCUUCUUCUGCAUUGUGGCCUUGGUGACUCUGGCCUCUGGCGCUUUUGGAGUUGCUGGUUUCGGUUAGGGGUUCAGGUCGGGUUAAGGAUAUUUUCAUGGAUAGGUUGGGAUGGUGGGAUGGCGUUCUGGAUGGGGAAAAGCAGGAAUUGAGUCUUGAAAUCCUCGUAUGCCGGCGCUUGUGUCUUGUUCGGCCUAUUUCAGCAGUUCUGUAUGGUAGUAGGACAUCAUCUUGCUUUCGAAUGGAUCGACU